UACACCAUCUUGGCCACAAUACUACGAGAGAACCGUUGACGAACUUAUGCAAUGCUGUGGAAAAUUUCGUGAAAAUCAGAAAUGUGCUGCUCAAGAAGCGCUACUUGACGUGCUACUUAAUUCUCCCCUUGAAUCUUACGAAAGUGUAGAAAGAACUAUCCAGACAUUGAUCGGAAAGCUUUGCGAUGGGGAUGCAGCAGCAGAUGAAAAUUAUUUACCUUGUACAAUGCUUUUGAGAGCUAUGGGUAGACUGAGAGGCCACCAAAUGCACCAUGAGUUCAUGCGUAGAUUAAUAUCAAUUUUAAAAUCUGAAAGUCCUCGAGGAGUGCUUAAGGACAAAAAAGAUGCUUUCUUGGCCACUUCUAAGACUAUUUCGUUAUUGCCUUUCGAUGAAUUAAAGUUGCACAUGCUCGAUUUGACAACAUAUUUGAGUUCGGCGAUUGAGUUACCUGACCCUUGCCCCAUGGUGAUGAGUCUGAUAGGUGAUCUAUUCUACAAGCAUUCUCUAUUCCGCAAGUCUCUGCGGUACUUGGAUGACUUCUGGUUGAAAUUUGUUGAUAUACUGGCACGGAAGGAUCUUCACACAAAAUCACGGUCAAUCUGCGUGGCUACCUUAAAUAAAAUGGCACAACGGGAGAAUUUCUCGCCGUAUAUUGUUCGAACUUUGAAACAACUUGAGAAUGCUCCGAGUAUUACCGUAAACCAAGACCCCGAACAUGAGGAGCUUCAAGAAAACACGUUGAAUCUCUACUAUCAUCUUUUUAAACUCAUCCACAAGCAAGUAACACAGUCACGUGAAAAUCGAAAACAAGAGCUGGAUUGUCAACUUUCCAUGAUGGAGAAAUGCCUCGCAGGUUUUUCAGAGUUAAUGGUGGCCAUCGUCGACGAAGAUACUUCUGAUAAAAUCAUAAUCGAAAGUGCUGAACACGUUGGCAAUAUACUUUUGGAAUUGGGCAUUGACGAAGCUACAAAAUACCUGAAAUCCAACUUGAACCUCAAGUGGCUGCUCACUUCUGCUGCACAACGCAUCAAUUCAAAAGAAAAAAAUCACAAUUCAAGCAUAGUGUAUUCUUUACAUGAGGCACUUACAUUGUUUACAGAAGAAAUGCCCCGUGAGCAUGCCCAACGGCCAAUCCCAUGCACUUCGCUGAGUUGGCUUAAGGCAAAUGUUUUUAAGGAUUGA